AUCGCGCUCGCCGCCCUUUUCUCUGGAAGGAGGGGUAGUGCUAGCGAGAUAGACAGUACUGUACAUUACUGCGUCCAUGCCGUGAGUAGCUGACUGUUUCUUCCGUUGCUGCUUGCAGUCUGUCUCCGCGUCCAAAUUUAUUCCGCAUCCAUCUCAAACAGCCUCAUGAUUUCGCGCAGUCUGGCUGACUUCUUUCCGCGAUUCGUAUGUAUAGGAAGAAUAUCACGCUCAGUAACUCCACCGACUCCGAACGAACGCACGACCUUAUCUCCGACGAGGACAUCUCAUCGGGAGUCGACGUUUCUCGAGGAGCAUACACCAGCUCAGCCUCAGCGGAGGACGACGAAGAGGAGGACGAGGAAGUGGACGACGACGAGGAGUGGGAGAACGUUGGUUACGCAGAGGACGAUAUCGAGCCAUCCGACUCAGCAUCCCGACCACGAGCGCCUACCCGCCAUCCAGCGCACGUUCCACGACCACGUCGUUCAGCGUCGCGUCAGAUCCCCGUAGACGAUCCACCACCACGGUCGCGAAACCGUUCCGCGCAAGGUCGAGCGCCUCGUCGUCGCCGGGAGUAUCAGGAGGUGCCGAGAUCCAGGCAAACCUCCAUUCCCGACAGCCUGGAUUACGAGGACGACUUCCCCGGCCACUUUGGCCGGCCACCUCAGCAUCCACCUCAUCCGAGUCCGCAGUGGUCACAUGUCCCGCAUAAUACCGCACCAUAUGCUCCAAGUAUGGCGUCUGGCCCCUACGGUGCACCGUUUCACCCUCCUCCACACCUACCCGACUCCUUAGUUCCUUACCCUCGAGGUCCCGAUCCAUACGGUUAUCCAAACCCGUUCGAUCCGGAUCCAGGCCGACCCAACGCCUUUGGUGGUCGACAACCCCCACCGCCCCCGGAUGGCUAUUUCAGGGAGCAAUCGAGAAGAAAUCCUCGAUAUUCAAUGCCACACCCUGGCGCCAUGGACAUGAUGGCAUACAGCCCAAAUAACUACUAUCCACAAUAUCCACCAUAUAUGCCGCCGGGCUAUCCUAUGUACCCUCCACCGGGCGGAAGUCCCCCGCCUGCUCCCCCACAGCCUCCCCCUCCUCCAGCAGGCGCCCCGACCCCAGCCUCUGCCCACGCCGUCACCCCCGAACCGCCUCCCCCACAACCAGCGCCUCAGCGGCCCCCAUCGGCGCCCGCAGAGGCCCUUAAAGAUCCGCGAUUCGAAGAAAUCAGAGAGCUGCUGCAGCGGCAGCUUCAACUGGAGGAAGCGAAACAGGUGGCGGCGAAGAAGCAAGCGGAAGAUGCCAAGAAGCAAGCCGAGCUGGACAAACUCCGAAAGCUCGAGGAGCUGCUGUUCGCACAGAAGGACGAAGCCGCCAAACGCGAGGAGGCGAUGCUGAAGCGACACGAGCAGUAUGAAGCCGCAGCGAAGGCCCAGGCGGCCAAGGAAGCGGCCGCCAGAGCGGUGGCCGAAAAGAAUGAAGAAUUCAAAAAGGUCGCACUAGCGGCACACAAGAAGGCCGAGGACGAGUUCAAAAAGAAAGAGGACGAAGCGAAGGAAGCGCACAACAAGGAAAUGGCGGCGGCGAAAGAGGCCAAGGAGAAGGCCGAGGCCGCCCAAAAGGCGGCCGAUGAAGAGCUCAAGAAGAUGAAACCGAAAGAGUCACCAAUCCGAUUUAAGGAUGCGGUCGGCCGGAAGUUCCAGUUUCCCUGGUCCAUUUGCAAGACAUGGAGAGGCAUGGAAGACCUCAUCAAGCAAGCCUUCCUCCACGUCGACGUCAUCGGCCCGCACGUCCAUGAAGGCCACUACGACCUCCUUGGUCCGGACGGCGUCAUCAUCCUCCCCCAAGUCUGGGAGACCAUGAUCAAGCCGGACUGGGAGAUCACCAUGAAGCUAUGGCCGAUGGAGGACCCGAAAAAGAAAGAAAAAGAGCUUGCCGCGCAUCAUCCAUUUCCCCCCGGCAUGCUCCCCCCCCUGCCCCUUGGCAUGCCCACCAUCCCCGGCUCGAAGGGCAAGAAGGGCAGCAAGUCAAAGUCCAAGAUGCCCUUCCCUCCCGUCGGCCCGCCCCCCAUGGGCUUCCCGCCGCCGCCGCCCGGGAUGCCAAUGAUGCCGCCGCCGCCGCCCGGACCGCCCAUGCACCCGGGUGCUCCGAUCCCCCCGCAUCCGAUGAUGCCUCCGACCGCGGCGGCUGCCAUGGCGGCGGCGGCGCCGGCGAAGAAAAAGAAGAAGCCGGUGGCGUCGGGGUUGAUGCGUUGGGCGGCGGGGCCGGGGAGGGUGCAGAGCACGAGGCGAAGUGCGAAGAAGGACCCGUAGAGCGGUCGAUGUUCCGGAGACGGGAUCGAUGUGCGGCGGUGGAGGUGGUAGACGAGAAGGAAACAUGGCCGGGCGACGAGUUCAACGAUUUACGAGA